CACUGCCCACACACUACCAGUGGGAAGACUGCCUACAUACUACCAGUAGGAAGACUGCUAACACUCACUACCAGUGGGAAGACUGCCUACAUACUACCAGUGGGGAGACCUAGACAAGGAUAUGGAUAUCAAAGAUUCACCUGUGAAGGGAGGUAUCUCUAUUCUUCACACAGAGGAGGAUGGGAAACACCACUAUGAAGUGGAGAAGAUCCUAAAAUUCAAGAAAGGAGAACAAGGAGGAGGAGCCUUCGCCAGAGAAGGAGAUAAGCUCCUGACGAUCAAUGGAGUGGACCUACAGGAUCUAUCCCCAGAGGCCUUCGCCAAGAUUCUGACGGAAGGAAACCCCAUGUUGACUGUCCACCAAGCCAGCAGGGCUCCUCCACCAGAGAGAUGCCCAGAGGAGGGGGCUGAGGCCGGAGCUCUCCACCCGUUCUCCAAGGAGAGCACCAUGCUCAGCUUCAGCCUGGAGAUGAGACGAGAGGACGACCUGGAUGACCUGGAGAGUGACUCCUGUCGCACCGUGGAAGACCUCACGGAAGAGGAAGUCAACAAAGCUGAUGGUGAGGUUGACGGUCUGUUCGUGGUUGCCAUGACGAACACCAGAAUCUCUGUGGUGAGGGGGCGUGGCUGCGGUGACGGGAGCUCUUGUCACAACUGUGGCAAGUCGGAUUGUAACUUCAACGAGGUUGUCAUGGUCGCAGAGUCCAGCAAAGUCACACUGGUGUCUCGAGGAAUGGGCAACUUGGAAAAAGUACAACAGUUGGACAACAUCUUUAUUGAAAACUAUUUAUACCGCACGUACCUUCGGCGUAAACAUACACGUAGGAUGUGGAGUAUUCCUAGUUUGUCACCAACUCCAGAGAAGAUCACCAUCUAUCACUACAAGUCUGACUGUGUGGACGGAGAGUUUCGGGGGGUCCCUGUGGUCCUCAACUUCACCAGCUCUAACUGUUUCCUCAAGUGUGUUAAGGACGGAGAGAGAGUCUCUCUCUGUGUUGAGGCUUGUGACAAACACAGACUGAAAAGCAUCAGGAAGGAUGAUGAGGAGAUCCAGGCGUUUGUCUUCUACAUGAAGGCUGAAAUGAGCAAACAGCGCCGGUUUGAGUCCGCCUACUGCCAGGGCUGGUUCAUCCGCACUUCUAAUGAGACCAAAGUAGAUUUGGGGAAACCCCAGGGGAUGACAGGGGACCAGUCAUUCUUCUUUGUCAUCCAUAAAUGAUGAAGAGGGUUUGUUGUUUCUGCGUGUUAUGUUAAUCUAUGUAGUUUCUAUAGUGUAUUUUUAUACCACAAUUUUAUACCACUGUUUUAUACCAUCAUUUUAUACCAUGUCAUUUGUAUUUUUGUAUUGAUCCCAUGAGUCCCUGGAAAACAAUGGUGAUUACUGAGUGGACUAUACUGGCUACCAUAAAUGUACUGCAGAUGAAUUGAAUGUAGAGAAACAGAGCCCAGGAAAAGCAUGGGGGUGUACUGGUAUUACAAUACGUAUGUAUAAUGCAGCAGUGACCUGUUAUUCUGCUAUUGCAGAGAGAAGUAGCUAUGUAUCAUACACAAAUAAUUAGCAUUUGUUUUUAUUUUUCAGUUAUUGAUAGUUUAGUCAGAUGAGUAAUGCUUUUAUAUUAUUUUUCUGUGACUUAAGUAUUUUUAUUUAGAAUAAAAUGUAUUCUAAAAUGCUA